CAGACUUUUGUUUACAGUCGGCUGACUGAUGCAGAAUCCUCAGGAACAACGACAAGAAGUACUGAUCAAGAGAAUAGCGAACUCUGUAGAUCGGCUGUCUGUGGCGCUCGCUGAUUUAACGAAACAGAUGGAACAAAUUGACCAGUACACCGAGAAUCUAGAAUAUCUCCAAAGUAUUUGGAGAGGUUGCGAGCAAAAGAUGUGCAUGAACAGCAAAGUGAACUAGAAAGCUUCUUUUUGUGUGAUAGGAA